CUGAUGAAAAUGGCUUGGGAUAAACAAGACCCCUUGUUUGUUCCCUCACUGGGAGAAAGGUUCUAUAUUGUGUUCAAGCAUUCUUUGGCGCUGGAGUGUGAUAAAUGCAGAAUAAGAUGGGUUUCAUGACUUGUGAUGCUCAGUGGGAAACAGAUUUAGGUCAGUCUGGAAUCGCAAAGUUAACAUAAACAAAUGAAAAGCAGUAGCAGAGACUGUUCUUGAGAGACUAUGUUGGGAGAAGCUGGACACUUCCUCAUUUUCAUCUUAAAAGAUUAUAUUUGAAGCAGCCCCUCAGUUGGGCAACAGUACUGGUCAAGGUCUGCCACAGCCCCAGCAAACGGGAACACCCAGGUCCCAGCUAAACAUCCUAACCACUGAUUUGUAGGUAGUCUGUAAACUCUCCUGCUCCAUAGUGCAUUUUGGGUUUGUGAAUUAAACCAGAAGAUCUUUUUCAUCACAAAGAUUUCCCCACUUCUGAAGCAUUGCCAAAUCAGCACUUAAACACGUUCUACAAUACAUGCUGCCAGCUCAUGACACUCACAGCUGCUUCCCCGAAGUGCUCAUUUUGUUUUGACUUCCUUUUAUCUGCGCAGGUUUCUGCCAGUGAAUCAGUCUGCUAGUGGAGACGGAGCAGGCACAGUGGCAGAAGACACAAGCAAGGCAGUCAAAGCAGAGCCCCAAGAUGUGGUGCCUCCUCCUGCUGCUCUGCUCCCAGGGAAUUGACUUUUCAGCAGGAUUCACAGCACCCUCCACUCGGAGUGCAGACACAAGCCCGUACAAGAAGACUCGCAACCCUGAAUGCUUUAUGAAUGUUAGUGAAAUUAUCAGAUAUCAUGGAUACCCCAGUGAGGAAUAUGAAGUUACAACAGAGGAUGGAUACAUUCUUGCUGUUUUCAGAAUUCCUGCUGGGAGGAACAGCCGAAAUACAGGGCAAAGGCCUGUAGUCUUCCUACAGCAUGCUUUUCUAGGAGAUGCUACUCACUGGAUUUCUAACCUGCACAACGACAGCUUGGGCUUCAUCCUCGCAGAUGCUGGCUGUGAUGUCUGGCUGGGAAACACCCGAGGGAACACUUGGUCUUUAAAACACAGGACCCUUAAUCCCAGCCAGAAAGAAUUCUGGCAGUUCAGCUUUGAUGAAAUGGGUAAAUAUGAUAUUCCAGCAGAGCUGUACUUCAUCAUGAAUAAAACUGGACAGAAGGAUGUGUAUUAUAUUGGUCACUCUGAAGGCACAACUGCAGGCUUCAUAGCAUUUUCUACAUACCCUGAGCUGGCUCAACGGGUGAAAGUGUUCUUUGCUCUGGGUCCAGUAACUGCAUGCCCACAUGCUACAAGCAUUCUGGUUAGGAUAACAAAUCUUCCUGAACCACUGCUCAGGUUAAUGUUCGGCUCCAAAGGAGCCUUUCACCAGAUCGGAUUUCUGAAAGGACCCGUGACACAGUUAUGUACAAACCUGGAUAAGUUUUGUGCCCAUGUUCUCUGUUACAUAGCUGGAGGCAGCAUAAAAAAUCUGAACACGAGUCGAAUAGACACAUACGUAGGACAUUCCCCAGCUGGAACAUCAGUACAGAAUAUUAUUCAUUGGCAACAGCUAGCACAUACAGACCAAUUUCAAGCUUACAACUACGGCUCUAAGGAAAACAUGAAGAAAUACAACCAGACUGCUCCUCCUGUGUACAAGAUAGAGGAGAUAACCAUACCAACUGCUGUUUGGAGUGGAGGAGAGGACACAUUUGCAGAUCCAAAAGACACGGCAAGGCUACUUCCUCAGAUUAGUAAUCUCAUUUACCAUGAGCAUUUUCCUACAUGGGGACAUCUUGAUUUCAUCUGGGGCCUUGAUGCAACUGAGAAAAUGUAUAUGAAAAUCAUUGAACUAAUAAAAAAAUACUUUUGAAAUUAAUGAAAACAGAAAACAUUAAUUUAUUCAAGCAUGUACUGCAGGGAUCACUUACUUUGAACAGCUUUUAUUUCUGCGAGACUGAUUUGCCUAAGCCUACACUAUUGUUUUCAUGUAUAUCUUAUGUACUCCAUCAAGGCAUUCCCAUGCCCAAUUUGUGUCUGCCUGUGGAGACCUAAAAGUGUGAUUUGAUCAUUUCUCUGUUGAAAUGAGCACCUUUAUUUACAUUAAAUUAUUUAUCCCCUUGA